CCAGUUCUUCUCGGGCCUCCUGCAUAACCUGAAGUUGUGUAGUGGCCGACGCCGAUUGAUACCUGCAAGGAUCUAUGUGGCUCAUUUAAUUCAACUUGGCCACUAUUACUAUCCCGGUCCGUGCCGCCACCCUCGAACUUGUAGCAGAAAAUACUUGGCAAUCUCACUAAAUGUUGCAUCCAGCAACUUCAAGAUGAGAUAUGGCCGCUUGAUGACCUCCAGUGCAGCAUCCCAUUCGGCCAUCGAACUCAAGAGAUCAUAGAUCUCUCUAUACCUGUCCCUCCCUCUCCCCUCCUUUUUCUUCGGCUGUUCUGUUCCCAUCAAAGACUUCGAAACCUGUUCAAAUGACAUCGGACUCAACGCCGCGUCUGGACAGCAAAAGGAUCGUCUCCCUGUACAGAGGGCCGUUAGCCACUUUGCAAUCAUCACUUAGCAGCGAUCAUCUCUCCUAUCAUGACAUUGCUGAGGCAUACAAUACGCUCUCUGCAAGGUUGAAGAUGAUAUUCCCAUUCUUGCCUAACGAUAGGCGGCUUGCUCCCUCAUUAGAUCUCCUUGGGCAGCAUGCAGAUGUCAUUGUCAAAUGUCUUCGGAGAGACAUCCAUUGUGCAUCAGUCGAACCAAUCCCUGAUUCGUCCCAAAGCGACAGACUGACUGAGCAAUCUGCAAGCACAUUGGAAGCUAACUAUCGUGAAGAAGACAUAAAGUACGCCAAAGACAUGUCUCUGGUCUGUCAACACGCACUGCAUCUACUAUCUGACAUCCUUCGACUACCGGCUUUGUCCUCAUUGCUAUCAGAAGCUAACAUAUUUGAACUCCUCGAUCUGGUCUCAAAAGUUGCUUCUGCACAUUUCUUGCCCAUUCCAAGUGAGCAGAAGAUACGUGCUCUGGCAUAUUUGGCUUUGUCAAGUAUGCGACUUCCCGUGGCGACCCUACGUGCGAGGCGUUCACAAUUGACAUCUGUAUGCAAAAGCGCAAUGGAGCGUUCUGGCAACGAGAUUUGUGUGCUUGAUGGUCUCAAGAUGUUCUGCAAUCUAAUGAGAAUGCACGCUUCUGUCUUCCUCAAUCCGUUCGCCAACAUUUUGCCGCUCGUAUUAGCUGGCAUCCUCUCAUCCUCCACACGUGUGCAAACUCAUGCGGCAGAUGCUCUAGGCGCAUAUGUUCUCGCGCUCUCAUCCUGUAUGAGCUCGUCCUACGAACAUGUUCGCAACGUCAUCAAAUACCAUGUGUCUACAUUCAUUGAAGCAGCAGCGAAGAAACUGAAGGGACCUCGACCCCUCUCCGACUUUCUCGCGCGGACGAUUCAAACGUCUGGAAAAGACGCUGCAGGAUAUAGACAGCCGUGGGCAUUUGUAACCCUUUCCUGCAUCAUAACCUUGUCAGAAGAGAACACAUUCACGCAUGAGCCCACAUUGCAGCUCGUCAUCGAAUUGCUGAACGUGUCUGCGCAUCCCAAGCGGCUCAUCACCACAUUUUUACAUCGAUGUGUUUGGAGGUGUCUUGUCUGGGCGCUAUCUCACAUCGAACAACAAGCGGAAUCAACCCAGCGCCGUAAAGGGAUAUCGACUGACCGGACGCACCGAGCCUUCCAAUUCGUGAACCAGGAACAUCGCGGCGAAAUACCCAUCUUGCUAAUUGACACUCUGAUGAAUUCCGCUGCGGAGUCUAGCCGCUCACACACAACGACUCCCGAAGCCCGAGAACUGUCCAAGGUGCUUGAAGUUGUUAAUGCCUCGGUGAAUGAUAAAGACGACCCUGUGCACAUGCAGGGUCGAGCGAUUUUGGCCAGACUUACCAGCGCCAUCGGCUCGUCUUCCGUUGCUGUUCAGGACCACGUCCGAUUGCCUAAAACUCUGGUGGCGGAGCUGUUCGACGGCACUAUCCUGCAUUCCAAUAAAGAGCAGUUGAACGCUCUUGCAGCUAACUUUGCUCUUCCUGACGUGACUGUUUUGCUACAAUUGACUGAGGCGGAAAUCAUCCAGAAUUGGGAUGCAUUGCUCGAUAUCUGGAUGCAGUGUGUGCGCAGAUCGAUCAAUACGUCGGAGCGUUCAUUUGUUCUCUCCGGGGAUCUAAUGCAGACUUGGCAGUCGCUUCUGCUAGCACAGGCGCAACUGACUCAAGAGCAUGGCCACCUAACGACCGUACCUGAUGUAUCGCGCCGAGUGCUGAGCACUUUGCACGAGAUUCUCACAUCAAACGAUGUCUUUCAUACUUCCUCAAAGUCACAAUGUGUCGCAUUAACGCUUGUCAGCCAGCUCUGGAAGGUUGUGAAGAGUGUAUUCGCUGCCAGUUGGCUCGCUGGAAUGGCAGAAUCCCUCUUGUUUGCGGUGGUCAGCCAACAAUUCGAUCUGGAAGAUGACGAUACCAAAGCAUGCUGGGGAGAGCUAUCUGCUGCGCUGAUUUGCACGAGUUCUACGGAGCUGCUAUAUAAGCUAGUAAUAAGCCAGAAGAAGCAAACUGAAGGUGACCUGAAGCGAUACUUAUGGUUCAGAAUAGCGACGGCUUGGGUGUCUUGUGACAUGAAGCCUUCAUGGCAUGAUCAGGUUUACACACUUUCGUUUCCACUUUGCUCAUGGUCAAUGUCGAAUGACGAACUGGAGAUCUGGAAACGCUUACUUGAGAUUGCCGUUAAAUGCGCUCAAGCAUCAUCAGUGCAUUCGGCUCAAGUGCUGCGAACAUUAAUGUCACAUAUUACCGAAGCUCCUGAGCGAUCAUUCUCGAACCCUAAUACAAUUCCUAUCAUGUUAUCUCACCUCGAGCUCCAUGAGACAGACACUAUACCAGACAAGCUGCUCGCUCAAGUGGACAACUUUUUAAGUGACGUUUAUGGAAUCCGACAAGAGCAGUAUCACAAUGUGCUUGAAAUAUUUCGACUUCUCGCACAGGUUUUCCAGCGUUGUCCCCGGACUCUGCUGGGAUCAGUAGUCUGUUCAAUCUCCGAUGGUCUAUCUGUAUGGAUCCGCGAUGAGAGCGAGAUCCUCUUGGCACAAGAGUACAAUGACAUCAUUGUUCGUCUUUAUCAAAUCGCCCUUGAUCUCAUGCGAGAACUACCGUUUUCCGUUGAUACCCUCCAUUCUCUAGCACCAUUUUUCGUCUCCGCAUUUUGUCGCAUACCCCCUCCAGCCCUUGGGCCCAUCGCCUUCAGAACGUUCUGGAUGCGUAUCCAGCCAGGAUUAGGCUCUUCGACCAGCAUCCUUCCGGACGACAUCAAGCAGGUCUUGUUGACGUUUCAUGUUGUCUUCGGCGACAGCGUGCCUCUGGAUGUCUCAGAUGCUUCACAAUCAACAAACCCAGAGAAUGAAGAGGACGAAGUUGUGCCUGAAACUCAGGGUGCUGACGAGAGCCAGCCUCGGGAACACCCGACCAUGAACAUUCAACCGCUAGACGAAGGUGGCAAGACAGAGGACGAUACUGAGUUCACUGACGCCCGCAAGAAUCUGGGCAGCAACAUAGUCUCCACGCUACACUCAGCGCACGAAUCUUCUAUAGUUUCGGCAAAGACUGUCAAGGUUAUGCCUGAAGUCGUAAACGAUGAUUCUACAACGAAGGAGACGGGCAAGAAUAACGCUCAGGAUUUACAGCGACUGCGCAAGGGAAGCUCAACCGUGCCCGACGACAGAGGCAUACGUCCUGGAGGCUCUUCAAUUAGUGCUCCAGAUUGUCAAGCAUCCGGCUCUGGACCUUCGUGGGUAGGACACUCGAGUACCAGAAUAAUUCCUACGUCAGUGAAAGGCAAAAAGCGCGUUCUGGAAGACGAGGGCCGACCUCGAGCGGAAUGUUCUAGUCUCUACUCGAAAACAGUGGGUCCAAAGCGAUUACGACUAUCAUCGGCUUCACAACAAGAACAAAGAGAACACGCGGAGAACAUUGCUGGUGACAAAGUCGAACAUCAACCUGUCAUCUCCGCAGAGGACACGAUUCACCAGCGCUCCCACAGUGUCCGGGGACCUGAUGCUUUCAGACAUACUGCCGAUGAGCCACCAACCGGUGCAGGACAAAGGAAUCGAAUGUCUCAAUCACCAAACUUUUCUCCAGCUCACAGACCCCAGAGUCUGAGUCCAGAGAUACCGAUCUACAAUUAUGCAGAAGAUCCUGCUGAAGCCCACAGUGCAUCAUCGCCUCCCUCAGACGAUUAUGCCACAUGGGAGGCAGAAGUCGAUCCCGACGAGGUGAAACACGUUCAACGAGAUACUUCGCAUGCACCUGAUCAGGGCGGUGUGUCAUCUAAGCCGCUGUUGCAGAGCCAGCAACUGAAACCUUAUGUACGAACGUAUUACCACAAUUCACUCAUCGACGAGUCGGAAGUAAUCCCAUCCAGCCAAGGUGACGAGGAGCUCCCCAUAUACCCAGAGACCCACUACUCCAGGAUAUCAUCCACGUCCGGGAGGUUGAACGUUCUUAGACGAGCGCUGACCGACUUGCGGAAAGACGUCUCACCUAUGUCCAUGGACGAAUUUCAAGCGGCAAAGAAACUCCUACAUGAUAUGGAGAGCGUCGUGGCCGACAGAUGCUCACGGGGAGUGCGUGGGUCUGACGCUGACGUUCCGAUGCAAGAUCAAUCGGAAUGACGUGGAGAAUGCGGUUCUCAUCGAUCUCGCGAGCAUCUUCGCUACCCUAUACGACAGCCUACAUAUACUGAUGACCGUCGUGCAUAUUGGAUCUGCAUUCCGCCUUGUGGCAAUGAGCUCCAGGGCACGCGUCUGUUGUUCAUUCUCCGUGUACUUAUGUCUGACAUAUGUUGCUAUCUUUAAAGACCGUUUUCCUUUCCGAGUCCGCUGUCAUUGUCACUAUCUGUAAUAUAGCUCCAGUGCCACCUGUAUCAUUGUAGUGAUGUUACCUUAUGGAUUUACAUGCUGGUCAAUUUGCAAGACAGAGAAUG